CAUUAAGCAAAACAUUUGUCUUGAGUUUAAUGAGUAGACGGUAUAAACUUCCGUGACAGAAACACAGCUGUAAAACCUAUUUGUACUUAAAAAAAAAAGCUUAAUUGCUUAGUUAGUCAAGGACGUUUUGAACGUUGAAGCUUUACAAAGACACACGUAACCUACCCAUUGAAAGUAAUAGUAAAAAGAAAAAAAGGGGGUGUAACGGCCAGCCUAUAGACUGUCAUACCCGGGUCAAGCUGCCUGCAAGACAGCUCAACCAGGCUAUGUACCGUAAAAAACCCGUGGUCAAGAAAAAAACAAAGAAGAUCGUGAAGAGGUAGACUAAUAGGGGAGAUUCGUGUUGUUGUCCACGAGUGAAGAAAGAAAUCAACAGAGAACCCCCAUUCUUUGUUUCCUGGCAGCUGUCUCGCAGCUGUGAAGAUUAUGUAAGGAGGAAAGCAAACAGGUUAUGCUUUUUGAAGAAGAGGUGGUAAUGUGCGGCAAAGGCGUGAUGUGCCAGUGGGAGGCGGUCAGCGAGAGACCCGACAUCAGCCAAAAGAAACUCGAGGAUGCCUCAAGGAGAGGGGGCAGAGGUGGUAAGCACCGAUGGCACAAGCGUGGGAGGAAGGUGGGCAGGGCACCGUGGCAGCAGCAGACUCCUUACAACAAGCACGGUCGGCCAGGUUCACGUCCUUUUGGGGGAGCGACUCUGCGCCCUGUCAACGCGCAAGGGAACCGGGCGCCAGGUAUGAGAGCCCCACGAAACACGAACCAGUUUCUGAUGCACGAGAAGUACCAGCUGCUGCACAUGCGUUCUGACUCAGUUGGCACAGACAGCGGGUCGGACUGUGAGGUGGACUUCACAGACAUGGACUCCUACCUUGGCGUGCUCGAGAACGCCAGGGGGGCGCUGUUGGACAGCCCCGAUCCGUCCCUACCAUCCUCGGUGAAGUUUUGCCCGAGGCAGCGUCCAAAACGACAGGAAGUCAAUUUCUUCAGCUUUGGUGACAUGAUUGAUCAGGAAGAGAGCAUGCAAUAUUUCCCAUCUGAAGACGACGUGUUGCAAAGUGAAGAUUUCAUGCAAAAGGACUUUAUUGAAUUCUGUAACACAAUUGCUUAAGUACACCGCGUGUAAAACACAAAAAGGACCUCGUUGCAUUUUGUUUCUGUUUUGUACAAAGACCAAAAGGUAUUUAUUUUGUAACUGUAACCAAACUGUGGUAUGGGGGGUUGGAGUUAAAGAGUUGCAAUGAUACAACGAUGCAAUUUUGUGUUGGAAGUGUGACGUGUUUCCAUUAAGUCUGUCUUGGUGUUUUGAAUGGGGAGGGGUUAGGAGAGAAGGAGUGAAUCCAAACAGCCAAUUAUUCCGAAUAGAAAAUGAUUGACUGGCACUGUGUUGGUGUUUUUGUUCCACCCCCUUUACCGAUUUGUUUUUUUUUGUUGACAUUGUCAUAACUGUUUCAACUUUCUUUUUAAUAAAUUAAUGAACAGUUUUAAUAAGUUGUUUGUGAUAUUUUUUUUAAUACUGAACGACACGUUUUUAUGCAUUGCACAUGUUUAAGAUUGGCAUACGCUAGUUACAUUUAGUCUCUAAGUAUUUUACAAAAUGCGGCAGAAAUAGUGAGUAUAUGUAGUAAAAGUUUUUUACGCAGAGGUAAAAAAUAUAAAUCGAUUUAAGUAUCUUACAUGAUGUAAAUUAAUUGACCCCUAACGCUAUUUAAAAUAUAUAUUUAAUACACCAGUUUUAAGAGUUCUACCUGCUCUUUGCUAAUGUAAACAAACUGUACUGUCAACAAGGUAAGGUGGAGUCGUGUACAGAUGACUAGGGAAGAAUGUAGUGACACCAGUUUACGUAAUCAAUUACGUACUUGCAGAGUCAGGUGACAAUAAUUACUAAUUAGAGACCAUUGUUCAAGGAACUGUGUCUGGUCAGUUCAGAGCGGAUUUUGGAGAAGACUGACUGAUUACUGGAACCUGUUUUUUCAGUGAGGCAUAGGGACAUGUUAGCAUAUGUUUGAAAUGUUCAGGCCUUGUGGAAUAUGUACAUAUUUAAAAAUAAAUAAAAA